AUGGAUUCCCAAGUGAAGCUCGCGGUGGUGGUAAAGGUGAUGGGGCGCACCGGGUCGAGGGGGCAGGUCACCCAGGUGAGGGUGAAGUUCCUGGACGACCAGAACCGCCUCAUCAUGAGGAACGUGAAGGGCCCCGUCAGAGAGGGCGAUAUCCUCACCCUGCUCGAGUCCGAGAGGGAAGCCAGGAGAUUGCGUUGA